AUGCCGAGAGUAGGAGCCUGGCAGAAGGUCGACAUUAACCGGCUGCAAAGGCUGCAGAAGCUGCAGAACGCAGGGAUACCCCGCAUCUUCACGUCCUUCUCACCCAGUCGAACUGCUUCUGCAGCCGAGAUGGGGGAGAUGCAGGUGGAGCACUCUCUGCGGCGGGCUCUCCGUGUUGGAAACAAAAAGCUCGGUAUCGGCAAUGGAGUCUACACGGCAGCAGGCUCUCAGGCACUCUUCGACACCGCGGGUGCCGACUGGUGUGGCGCCGGCUGUGGUAAAUGUUAUAAACUCACAUCCACCGGCGAACCGCCUUGCAAAGACUGCGGCACCGGCGGCGUAGCCGGACAAAGCAUCAUUGUGAUGGUCACCAACCUGUGUCCGUACAAUGGCAAUCAGCAAUGGUGUCCCAACCCGGGCUCCACCAACCAGUACGGGUACAGCUACCACUUUGACAUUAUGGCGCAGAAUGAGAUCUUUGGUGAUAACGUGGUGGUGGACUUUGAACCGAUCGCCUGUCCGGGCCAGGCCAACAGUGAUUGGCAGUCGUGUGUCUGUUAUGGCAAGACAGAGACCGACACCACUCCCGUCGGUUUGACCGCGGGAGGUGGUGGUGGUGGCUCUUCCCAGUCGUCGACCACGUCUCAAGGAAGCACCACGACUCGAACGACUCUGACAGCCACAACGACCGCAGGCUCCGGCUCCGGAUCAGGAUCAGGGUCAGGCUCUUCCAGUGGAACUCAGUCGGUUUAUGGUCAGUGCGGUGGUAGCGGGUGGACGGGUCCCACGAACUGUGCCUCGGGCUCAAAGUGCACAGCUCAGAAUCAGUGGUACUCGCAGUGUCUUCCCUAG